GGCCACAGUCCCUGCCAGCCUCGGGUUAUUCAGGGUAUUUCCCGGCGGCUGGAGGCUCUCCACCCCCGCCCUUUCGCAGCAGGGCUGAGGCGCGCGCUUGCGCGGGGUCCGGGAAAGCUGCGCGUGCCGGGAGAGAGAGGCUGGGGAAGGGGGAGGUGAGAGGAGAGAGGGUGGGAAGGAGAGAGAGAGCAGCAGAGAACCUGGAACGACAGAGAGAGAGAGAGAGAAGGGAGAAGGGUUGGGGGAGAGAGAGGAUAGAGGGAGGGGUGGGUUAGGAAGAGAGACAGCGAUCCGCUGCGAACCCCAGGAGGAGAACUGGGAGCCCGAAGUGGACCUGGAGCCCUAGCCGGAGCCGGGCCCUGGGAGGCGGCCGCCGAGACCCGUCAGCCCUGCACCAUGUGUCCUCGGCUCCUCUGCAUCCUGCUCGCCGCGGUCUCGGGAGCCCGGGGCUGGGGCUACUAUGGCUGUGAUGAGGAGCUGGUCGGGCCUCUGUACGCACGCUCCCUGGGCGCCUCCUCCUACUAUGGGCUCUUCACUGCGCCGAGAUUUGCCCGGCUGCACGGCAUAAGCGGAUGGUCUCCCCGAACCGGGGACCCGAAUCCUUGGCUCCAGAUUGACUUAAUGAAGAAGCACCGGAUCCGAGCUGUGGCCACCCAGGGCUCAUUUAAUUCGUGGGACUGGGUCACACGCUACAUGCUGCUCUAUGGGGACCGAGUGGACAGCUGGACACCAUUCUACCAGCAAGGGCACAAUGCGACCUUCUUCGGGAACGUGAACGAGUCGGCGAUAGUGCGCCACGACCUGCACUACCACUUCACCGCGCGCUAUAUCCGCAUCGUGCCCCUGGCUUGGAACCCGCGUGGCAAGAUCGGCCUGAGGCUCGGCCUCUACGGCUGCCCUUACAAGUCCGACGUGCUCUAUUUCGACGGCGAUGAUGCCAUCUCGUACCGCUUCCCGCGAGGGGUCAGCCGGAGUCUGUGGGACGUGUUCGCCUUCAGCUUCAAGACGGAAGAGAAGGACGGGCUCCUGCUGCAUGCGGAGGGGGUCCAGGGCGACUACGUGACACUGGAGCUGCAGGGGGCGCACUUGCUGCUGCACAUGAGCCUGGGCAGCAGCCCCAUCCAGCCCAGGCCCGGUCACACCACUGUGAGCGCUGGUGGUGUCCUCAACGACCAGCACUGGCAUUACGUGCGGGUGGACCGAUUUGGCCGGGACGCAAACCUCACCCUGGACGGCUAUGUACAGCGCUUUGUGCUCAACGGUGACUUUGAGAGGCUGAACUUGGACAAUGAGAUGUACAUUGGGGGUCUGGUGGGCGCUGCGCAGAAGAACCUCGCUUAUCGGCAUAAUUUCCGAGGCUGCAUAGAAAACAUAAUCUUCAACCGAGUCAACAUCGCAGACCUGGCUGUGCGGCGCCAUUCGAGGAUCACCUUCGAGGGUAAGGUGGCCUUCCGUUGCCUGGACCCGGUUCCUCACCCGGUCAACUUCGGAGGGCCUCACAACUUCGUGCAGGUGCCUGGCUUCCCGCGCCGAGGCCGCUUCGCGGUCUCCUUCCGCUUCCGCACCUGGGAUCUCACGGGGCUGCUGCUUUUCUCCCGCCUGGGGGACGGGCUGGGCCACGUGGAGCUGAUGCUCAGUGAAGGGCAGGUCAACGUGUCCAUCGCGCAGACUGGCCGAAAAAAGCUUCAGUUCGCUGCUGGGUACCGCCUGAACGAUGGCUUUUGGCACGAGGUGAAUUUUGCGGCCCAGGAGAACCAUGCCGUCAUCAGCAUCGAUGAUGUGGAGGGGGCAGAGGUCAGGGUCUCGUACCCACUGCUGAUCCGCACCGGCACCUCAUACUUCUUUGGGGGUUGUCCCAAACCAGCCAGUCGAUCGGGCUGCCACUCCAACCAGACGGCGUUCCAUGGCUGCAUGGAGCUGCUCAAGGUGGACGGUCAGCUGGUCAACCUGACUCUGGUGGAGGGCCGGCGGCUGGGAUACUAUGCUGAGGUCCUCUUUGACACAUGUGGCAUCACUGAUAGGUGUAGCCCUAACAUGUGUGAGCAUGAUGGACGCUGCUACCAGUCCUGGGAUGAUUUCAUCUGCUACUGUGAACUGACAGGCUACAAGGGGGAGACCUGUCACCAACCUCUGUAUAAGGAAUCUUGUGAGGCUUAUCGGCUUAGUGGGAAAACUUCUGGAAACUUCACCAUUGAUCCUGAUGGCAGUGGCCCUCUGAAGCCAUUUGUAGUGUACUGCGAUAUCCGAGAGAACCGGGCAUGGACAGUUGUGCGGCAUGACAGGCUGUGGACAACUCGGGUGACAGGUUCUAGCAUGGAGCGGCCGUUCCUGGGGGCCAUCCAGUACUGGAAUGCCUCCUGGGAGGAAGUCAGUGCCCUGGCCAAUGCUUCCCAGCACUGCGAACAGUGGAUCGAGUUCUCCUGCUACAAUUCCCGGCUGCUCAACACUGCUGGAGGCUACCCCUACAGCUUCUGGAUUGGGCGAAAUGAGGAGCAGCACUUCUACUGGGGAGGCUCGCAGCCCGGGAUCCAGCGCUGUGCCUGUGGUCUGGACCGGAGCUGCGUGGACCCCGCUCUGCACUGUAACUGUGAUGCCGACCAGCCCCAGUGGAGAACCGACAAGGGACUGCUGACCUUUGUGGACCAUUUGCCCGUCACUCAGGUGGUGGUGGGGGACACGAACCGCUCCAAUUCUGAGGCCCAGUUCUUCCUGAGGCCUCUGCGCUGCUAUGGCGAUCGAAAUUCCUGGAACACCAUCUCCUUCCACACUGGGGCUGCCCUGCGUUUCCCCCCGAUCCGUGCCAACCACAGCCUUGAUGUCUCCUUCUACUUCAGGACCUCGGCUCCCUCGGGAGUCUUCCUAGAGAAUAUGGGGGGCCCUUACUGCCAGUGGCGCCGGCCUUACGUGAGGGUGGAACUCAACACCUCCCGGGACGUGGUCUUUGCCUUCGAUGUGGGGAAUGGGGAUGAGAACCUGACAGUACACUCGGAUGAGUUUGAAUUCAAUGACGAUGAGUGGCACCUGGUCCGGGCGGAAAUCAACGUGAAGCAGGCCCGGCUCCGUGUGGACCACCGGCCCUGGGUGCUGCGGCCCAUGCCCCUGCAGACCUACAUCUGGCUGGAGUACGACCAGCCCCUUUACGUCGGAUCUGCAGAGCUAAAGAGGCGUCCCUUCGUGGGUUGCCUGAGGGCGAUGCGUCUGAAUGGAGUAACUCUGAACCUGGAGGGCCGUGCCAAUGCCUCGGAGGGUACCUCACCCAACUGCACAGGCCAUUGCGCCCACCCCCGGUUCCCCUGUUUCCACGGAGGCCGCUGUGUGGAGCGCUACAGCUACUACACGUGUGACUGUGACCUCACAGCAUUUGAUGGGCCAUACUGCAACCACGAUAUCGGCGGAUUCUUCGAGCCCGGCACCUGGAUGCGCUACAACCUGCAGUCUGCUCUGCGCUCGGCAGCCCGGGAGUUCUCACACAUGCUGAGCCGCCCGGUGCCGGGCUAUGAGCGGGGUUAUGUCCCUGGCUAUGACACUCCUGGCUACGUGCCCGGCUACCACGGGCCCGGGUACCGUCUGCCUGAGUACCCCCGGCCCGGCCGGCCGGUGCGGUACCGAGGGCCAGUCUACAAUGUCAGAGAGGAGGUGUCCUUCAGCUUCAGCACGGACUGCCCUGCGGUCCUGCUCUAUGUCAGCUCCUUCGUGCGUGACUACAUGGCCGUGCUCAUCAUGGACACGCCCUUUCUCCCCCUGCCCCACCCCCAUCCCGCAGGGACCCUGCAGCUGCGGUACCAGCUGGGCACCAGCCCCUACGUAUACCAGCUGACCACGAGGCCGGUCCACGGACGGCAGCCACACAGCGUCAACAUCACCCCGCUCUACCGAAACCUCUUCAUCCAGGUGGACUACUUCCCACUGACGGAGCAGAAGUUCUCGCUGUUGGUGGACAGCCAGCUGGACUCACCCAAGGCCUUGUAUUUGGGGCGUGUUAUGGAGACCGGCGUCAUCGACCCAGAGAUCCAGCGCUACAACACCCCGGGGUUUUCGGGGUGCCUGUCUGGCGUUCGAUUCAACAACGUGGCUCCCCUCAAGACCCACUUCAGGGCCCCUCGGCCCAUGACAGCGGAGCUGGCCGAGGCCCUCCGCGUUCAGGGGGAGCUGUCCGAAUCUAACUGCGGAGCCAUGCCGCGCCUUGUCGCAGAGGUGCCGCCCGAGCUGGACCCCUGGUAUCUGCCCCCAGACUUCCCGUACUACCACGAUGAGGGAUGGGUUGCCAUACUUCUCGGCUUUUUGGUGGCCUUCCUGCUGCUGGGGCUGGUGGGGAUGUUGGUGCUCUUCUAUCUGCAAAAUCAUCGCUACAAGGGCUCCUACCACACCAAUGAGCCCAAGGCCACCCAUGAUUACCACCCUGGCAGCAAACCUCCCCUCCCUGCUUCAGGCGCUGCCCCGGUCCCAGCCCCUACGGCAGCUUCCACCCCAGCCCCAGCCCCAGCCCCAGCCCCAGCCCCAACCCCAGCCCCAGCUCCAGCCCCAGCCCCUGGUCCCCGGGACCAAAAUCUCCCCCAGAUCCUGGAGGAGUCCAGGUCUGAGUGAAUCAGGAGAAGGGCUCUAGGGACCAAGUCCAUCUCCUCUGAAUCCCCCAAUUCCCACCUCUCCCCACCCUGUCAGGGACAUUUGGCUCCUCUUAGCUGGUUCCGCUCACGCAGAGGAGGCCCCUCCUGCCAAGUCUGGUAGGCCGAGCUACAGAUGGGACCAAAGGGAGUGGCCAGCCUCACUGCCUAAACCAAUGCCCUCCCCGUCCCCAUUUCCCCAGGCUCCUGGUUGUUUGCCUGCCCCAAAGGAGAAGCUCCAUGGGAUUGAGACAGGCCCCCUCUGCCAUCCCUGUCCCAGCUGCUGCAGGGAUUAACAACAGAGUGCAGGGGAGAUUAACCGCUUCCCUUCCAAUAUUCAGUCUCAGCAGGGACAGAUGUGUGGGAUUGCCGGGAUGCACAGGGUAUGGGGGGAGGAGGCUGCUAAAUCAUAUCCCCUAGCCUCCCCCCUGCCCCGCAGAACAUCUUCCAUCUGCUUCCACUCAGUUGGGGGUUAGGGAAGACUUUGUUGCUGUUCCCCACCUUCUCGUUUUUGUUUUGUACAGAGACCGAGAGGCCUGGCUUUUAGCACCUUAGUACCUCCGCUGCUUCACAUGCUUUAGCCAAAGCCAUAAAAAAAACUUGCAAUGUAGAGAGAAAAAUGCAGACACACCGACUAGCCAGCCCUCUGUUCUUCCUCCCUCUCCCAAGAUAUGCAAUAGCCUUGGUGCCUGUCCAAAGGCUUGGCCCCCUCUCCAGUGCAUGAGGAGUCUUCUUUCCUCCGCUCAGAGAUGCUGCUUUGUUUGCCCAGGAGGUCAUAUUCUUUAUAUAUAUUUUUUGUUGCAAAGUCUCUCUCCAGAGAAACUCUAUAUAUUACUCUAAUUUUUUAAUUAUCAGUUUAUAUAUAAAAGAAAAAUCAAUCGACUGUCCUGUGCUGUGCCCACGGUCUGUAGUUUUUGCUUCUCCCGUGUUGGAAGUCUUGUGAGGUCUGCUGGCCACUCACCCAGCCCGACCCAGUCUCCACUCUCAAGCCGUGCGCUCAGAGCCAGAGCCGUCCUAAUAAAGCAGAGUGGCAGAGCCCCAGUCUGUGCGUGGUAGCUGGCGUCAUGGCGAGGGGUUAAGCGGGAUGCUUUUAAGGGACCUCUUCU